AUGGCGAGUGUGAGCGCGCAGCAGAGCCGCCACUCCCUCUUCACCAUAGACCGCAUCCUGGGGCUGCAGAGACCCGAGCAGAGGACCGCCGUGUACACCCCUCACCGGCCCUGGACAGAGGUACAACCACCAAAAAAUGACAGCUUUGUAAAAACAGACGGCUCCUUGGACAUCCCUGGGAUGGAUGAGAGGAAAAGAGAAGCAUCCAUUGAAAGCUGUAGGCGUUCACCAAACUGGUGCAUUGGACGGAGACCUAGAACUGCUUUUUCCAGCUUACAGAUUGAGAUACUUGAGAGCGUAUUCCAAGUAAACUCGUACCCUGGGAUUGAUGUUCGGGAGGAGCUCGCUCAGAAACUGCAUCUCGAUGAAGACAGAAUACAGAUCUGGUUCCAGAAUAGGAGAGCAAAACUGAAGCGCUCACAUCGAGAGAACCAGUUCCUCAUGGUCAAAAAAGUCAUCAAUGGUCUCCAGCAGUGA